CUACCGGGCUCCUCGGCGGCCCAGCGCUCCCGGAAGCCAGGCUUGUCAGUGCGGGCAACGCGGGGCCGCUGCUCGCCGUCUGCGGUGGAGCGGCAAGCGGCCGGGCCUGCGUGCGGCGGCGACCCUCGGGAUCGGACCCGGCAGCUCAGGGCCAUGGCCGAGGCGACCGCCGCUCCGACCUCUGAAUGGGACUCGGAAUGCCUCACAUCAUUGCAGCCCCUUCCUCUUCCUACCCCUCCAGCAGCAAAUGAGGCACACCUGCAGACCGCAGCCAUCUCCCUGUGGACGGUGGUGGCUGCUGUACAGGCCAUAGAGAGGAAGGUGGAGGUCCACAGCCGGAGGCUCCUCCACCUAGAAGGCAGGACAGGGACGGCAGAGAAGAAACUAGCUGGCUGUGAAAAGACAGUGACGGAGCUUGGGAACCAGCUGGAUGGCAAGUGGGCCGUGCUGGGAACCCUGCUGCAGGAGUACGGGCUGCUGCAGCGGCGGCUGGAGAACCUGGAGAACUUGUUGAGAAAUAGGAACUUCUGGAUCCUGCGGCUGCCCCCAGGUAUUAAAGGAGAUAUCCCAAAGGUAAUAACCCUCUUCUGGUAUCACGAGCUCAGACAUUUACAGAGUCAUGUAGCCACGGCUGGCCUCUACAUCCCAAAUUAUGCCAUGAACCAACCUGAUGUUUUAUCUCAGAUUCAGCCAGAAGGAGAACACACUACAGAUGACCAACCAAGGCCAGAAGCAAGUGAGAUCCCUGCAGACCCCAGGGAAGAGCCUGGCCUUUCAACAUCAGAUAUUCUGUCUUGGAUUAAACAAGAGGAAGAACCUCAGGUUGGAGUUCCCCAGGAGUCUAAAGAGAGUGAGCUCUACAAAGGCACCUAUGCUGAUGAAGAACUUGUCAUCAAAGCUGAAGACCUUGCUAGAGCCUCCUUGUGCCCUGAAGUUCCGGUAGCCUUCUCUGCUCCACCAGCCGCAGCCAAGGAUGCGUUUUCAGAUGUAGCUUUCAAAAGCCAACAGUGUACACCCCUGACACCUUUUGGACGUACAGCCACUGACCUGCCUGAGGCCUCAGAGGGACAAGUGACCUUUACUCAGUUAGGAAGCUACCCUCUCCCUCCUCCAGUUGGAGAGCAGGUGUUCUCCUGCCACCACUGUGGCAAGACUCUCAGUCAAGACAUGUUAAUGACACACCAGUGUAGCCACGCUGCUGAACAUCCCUUACCCUGCGCCCAGUGUCCCAAGCACUUUUCCCCACAGGCAGAUCUUGGUAGCACCUCCCAGGAUCAUGCCAAUGAAACACCACCCACCUGCCCACACUGUGCCCGGACCUUCACUCACCCCUCCCGACUUACAUACCACCUUCGCGUCCACAACAGCACUGAGCGCCCUUUUCCCUGUCCUGAUUGUCCCAAGCGCUUCGCUGACCAGGCUCGACUCACCAGCCACAGGCGAGCUCAUGCUAGUGAGAGGCCCUUCCGGUGCCCGCAGUGUGGUCGUAGCUUCAGCCUGAAGAUCAGUCUCCUGCUGCAUCAGAGAGGGCACGCGCAGGAGCGCCCCUUCUCCUGCCCUCAGUGUGGCAUUGACUUCAAUGGCCACUCGGCACUGAUUCGCCACCAGAUGAUCCACACGGGCGAACGGCCCUACCCCUGCACAGACUGCAGCAAGAGCUUCAUGCGUAAGGAACACUUGCUAAACCACCGGAGGCUGCACACAGGUGAGCGGCCCUUCCAGUGUGCUCACUGCGGCAAGAGCUUCAUCCGCAAGCACCACCUCAUGAAGCACCAGCGCAUCCACACGGGCGAGCGGCCCUACCCCUGCGCAGUGUGCGGAAGGAGCUUCCGCUACAAGCAGACGCUCAAGGACCACCUGCGGACCGGUCACAGUGGAGGCUGUGCGGGUGAUAGGGACCCUUCCGCACAGCCACCAGACCCGCCUGGUCCACUCUUAACUGCCCUGGAAACCUCUGGCCUAGGCGUUAGCACUGAAGGUCUAGAGUCUAGUCAGUGGUAUGGGGAAGGGAAUGGAGGGGUGGUUUUGUAAAUCUGUGGUCCAUUGGUUAUUUAUGUUCUUAGCAGAGCAGAAAGUCCGGGAGGAAGCCCACAAGCUCCACAAACCAUAGUAAUUAUUAUCUGGUACAUAAAAGAACUUGAGGUCCAUACUCAAUUACGGACAUGCUUGUGCUUUGGAAGCCCACAGCAGUCCAAGAAUACCGUAUUUUGAAAACUGGAAGCUAGUCCAGUACCCCUGUCUUUCAAAUGACACAAAUGCAGGGUUGGAAAGCAAGGUUUAGAUUCUGAUCAUCCUAUCCUAUCAGGGUGGCUGUCAGGGUAGCAGAGUGAACGUAAGGUGCCUCUCGAUAGAGACAGGUACAUAGGAGAGCCCCAAACCUUGAAGCCAUCAGGAGACAUGAGAGUGCUCAGAGCUGUUCUCGGAUUCCUCCGUGGUGAGAUGAUUGUUGGGAGAAUGUGCUUUAGCUGCUCGUUAUUGUGUGUCUCUGAAACCAGCUAAGCUCUGUUUAUUCCUGUGUGGUCACCUUUCCCUGGAACAUGACUGAGGCUGUGUUCCUAGGCCUAGGUUCUGUCUGCUAAUACAUUUUGUUUAAUGUUGGUGAACAAGAAAUCUGACCAAUAGCUUAUUUCAGGGAACAGUUCUUAGCUUUUCCUGGCUUGAUUUGAAACAUUCAGACUCUUGUUGCAGCUGUUAAGAGGGUAGAGAACUUCACCACAGCCCUGGUUAGAAAAUUAGGAGGAGCAUUUUCUCUCCAGUUUUAGAUGCUAAAGAUCCCAGAGAUCCCAGCCACAACAGUGAUAGUAUGGUCUAAAAUUUUAUAUUAACCCUUAUCAACCAACUGUGUCUGGUUUUUCCUUUUCUGGUGUUUGAUUUUUUUCUCUCUCUGUCUUUUGAGAGAGGGUUUCACUGUAUAUACUGGCCUGGAACUUGCUUUGUAGACCAGGCUGGCCUUGGACUCACAGAAAUCAUCUGCCUGCCUCUGCCUCAUGUUCUGGGUGCACCACCACACCAACCUGAUUUUCUUUACAGUCCUCAGCAGCAAAGGUCAUUGCACUUUGUCAAGGCACAAGCACCUUAGAAAGUGCCGCUGAGCUCAGGGCUUUUGCUCCCUGCUAGUGUGACAGCAGUAUUGUAAUGUAACACUCCCGAGGAGAAGAUUUGCACCCCUGACUGCCCCCGCUUCACUGGCAGUGAACAGACUGAGAACCUUCUUCAGCCACUGAGAGCUAAGUAUCGUAUCUGUCUUACUUGUGUGGUUUUUUUAGAACAGGGUUUCACUGUGUAGUCCUGGCUGGCCUGGAACUCAGAGAUCUGCCUCCUCUACAUGCAGAAUGCUAGGCUGUCAUGUCCAGCCACCUGUUGUACUUUGAGGGGCCAUCGCUAACAUAUGUUCUUUUCUUGGGCUUGUUUAGUCAUCUGAGUAUCUGAACCUAAGAGUUUAUGCAACCAGGUCUGUGUCCUCUUCCUUUUUCAACUCUCACAUUUUUAUCACCAAAAUGAGGCUGUUGAAAGAAAUGGUGAGCCUCUAAAAACUUUUAAAAAGAAAGAAAAAUCUUGUGAUAUAGUUCUUCUCUGACAAAAUCUUGUUCUUCCUUAGGCUUCUGUCUGGACAAAGCCAAAUGAGACAGAAAACCAAAGCAGAGAAAAUCAUGUAGAAAACUGGUGGAAAUCAGCUUGCCUUGUUGUUCUGCACCUAGUGGGUCCUGAAGUAGACAGAGGAUGUAGAAGCCUACAUUUAGGACAGAAACUGUUUAUUCCCAAGCCCCUUUGUUACUCCAGAGUAGCCUAUGAGGUUUAGAAUAAGAUGUGGAACUGUUUAGACAGGACACUUUCAGGAUAGGAAGGGGAUGCUUCCCCCUUAUUACUAGGCCCAACGUUCAAUCUGCAGAGUUAAUGUAACUACGGUAUGGAAUGACAUUUGCCUAGCUAAUGUGCUCUUGGCAAAGUUCUGUCCGAACUUUGCUGCUUUCGAGGAUUGUCACACAUACACUGUUUCGUGACAUUCCUAACACCAAGGACCCUGGGAGACAUAAGAAGUGUGUGUGAGACCUGACCUGCUGUUGUAGCUUUCAGCCUUAGGCACUGAAAAUGCCUCGGGGACAGGCAAAACAUGAUGGCUGAAACAAAGUGUAUUGGGAUAAAGAGCUUAGCCAGAAUCUGCACCAUCCCACAGGAGAACAUGGAAUUUCUGAAAUUCAAAAAUUGGGGUUCCAGCUUAAUUAAUGACCCUCUAGAGACUUGAACGUGAGAUUUGCACCUGAAAAGGAAAAGAAUCAGCAUUAUCCUCAGAGUGAGGGAAGCAUUUUCAGGGGCUGAAGGAGAGAUAGCUACUGAACCUGUGAUGUGGGGCUAGAUAACAUCUAAAAUUCAUCUGAACCCAACAGAUUUGCCAAGUACCAAAUGGUUAACAAUGGAAGGCCUUGUGCCAGAGUGCUGCAGACGCAUCCCAAUGUCUGUUCUGGAAGGAGCCAUAGCCAGCAGGGAUCUAAACUGGCCCAAAGCGAAUGUAGUUCAAAUACUAACCAAACUGGAGCCAUAAAACCACCAGGUGGUGGUGGUGCAUGCCUUCAUUGCCAGCCCUCAGGAGGCAGAGGCAGGAGGAUCUCUGAGUUCAAGCACAGUAUGGUCUACAGAGAGAGUUCCAGGACAGCCAGGGCUACGCAGAAAAAUUCUGUCUUGAAAAACAAAAGCUCCAUAACACCAAAUAAAACAAAAUAUGCAGGGCCA